AUGACUCAAACCAACGUUACAACUGAUCAAUCCGCACUUCUUUCCUUGAAAUUCCAAAUCAUUUCGGAUCCCUUUCACUUGUUGGAUGAAAGUUGGUCUCCAGCUAUUUCUGUUUGUCAUUGGGUUGGAGUCACUUGUGGUUCUCGCCACAAAAGAGUGACGUCAUUGAAUAUUUCCAACAUGGAUCUUAUAGGCAAAAUUCCUUCUGAUUUUGGGAAUCUCACAUCUCUUGUUUCUCUUGACUUGAGUAGUAAUAAUUUCUACGGAAAAUUGCCUCAAGAAAUGGCACAUCUUCGUAGGUUAAGGUUUGUUAAACUUAGUUUUAACAACUUUAGCGGAGAGGUUCCUUCCUGGUUCGGGGUCUUACACCAACUUCAAGUUCUGACUCUAAGGAAUAACAGUUUCAAUGGUCCCAUCACCCUCUCUUUAUUUUCUAAUAUUUCCACACUUCAAACUUUGGAUUUGGCAUACAAUUCCUUAGAGGGCCAAAUACCAAAAGAAAUAGGAAAUCUUGAAAACUUGAGAUUAUCUGGCAACAAGUUUAUAGGUUUUAUCCCUCCGUCUCUCUCGAAUGCCUCAAUGUUGAUGACAUUAGAACUUUCUCUCAAUUUCCUUGGAGGAAGCAUUCCAGAAGAGAUUGGAAAACUUCAAAACCUAAAACUUUUGUCAAUAGAAUCCAAUCAACUUACAGGUUCUAUACCAUUCUCGAUCUUCAACAUUUCUGGAAUUGAGAUCAUUGCAUUUACAAAUAAUACCUUAUCAGGAAAUCUUCCUUAUGAUAUGUGUAAUUGUCUUCCAAUGCUCGAAAUGCUCUAUCUAAGUGACAACAAGCUAUAUGGUCAUAUGCCUGUUUUGGUACUGAAUCACAACAAUCUAAUUGGAUCCUUUCUGAGGGAGGUUGGCAAUUUGACAGAAUUGCAAAUUCUGGAUCUUGCCAAUAAUAAUCUUACAGGUGAAAUACCGAAAAAAAUUAGCAAUCAGAUUGAGUUGUUUGAUCUUAGUUUCAACAAGUUUACUGGUUCACUACCAAUGGAGAUUUUCAACAUAUCGGGUAUGAGAGAGAUUCAAGUUACUUUCAAUAAUGUGACAGGAACUCUCCCAUUAAACAUAGGUUCAACGUUACCCAACAUUGAAGUUAUUCAUCUGGGCAACUUAAAUCUUUAUGGGACUAUACCUCAUUCUCUCUCCAAUUGUUCCAAACUCACUAGUCUAGACCUUUCUCUCAAUAGACUAACCGGUAUGAUUCCCAACUCUCUCGGAAGUUUGACUCAUCUACAGUCCCUAAGCUUGGCAAUAAACAAUUUAAUGGGCGAUAGUAGGUUAAGCUUCUUCACUUCCUUGUCAAAUUGUAGAGAUUUAAAAAUUCUUUUCCUCUCUUCGAACCCUCUAUAUGGUGUGCUUCCAGAAUCCAUAGGGAACCUUUCCAGUACUUCUCUUCUAAGGUUUAGAGCUAUUGAUUGCAAAAUUAAGGGGGAAAUUCCAAAAGGAAUUGGGAACUUAAGCAGCUUAUUAGAGCUCGAUCUUUCAAGAAACGGUUUCACUGGACCAAUUCCCACAACAAUCAGCAACUUGAGAUUCCUUCAGAGCUUGAAGUUGAGUGUCAACAAACUUUCUGGAUAUAUUGGAGAUGAUCUAUGCAAAUUACAGAACUUGGGUUAUUUAAACUUGACUCUGAAUCAACUAUCAGGAUCUCUUCCGAAUUGUUUGGGAAACUUAACUUCCCUUCGGGAGAUGAUUCUAGGUUCCAACAAAUUGCGUUCAAUCAUUCCAAAAAGCUUAGGAAACCUCAUAAACCUCUUGAAGCUAGACUUAUCGUCAAACAACUUGGGUGGCUCUGUACCUUUGGAAAUUGGAAAUCUAAAGGCUGCGAUAUAUAUGGAUCUAUCAAUAAAUACACUCUCAAAUGGAAUUCCUAAAGAAAUUGGUAGCUUGCAAAAUCUUAUAUACCUUUCUUUGAGAGACAACAAAUUGCAAGGAUCAAUUCCAGGCUUGAUGAGCAGCAUUUCAGCUUUGGAAUUUCUAGACCUUUCUCAUAACAAUGUUUCAGGAUUGAUUCCCAAGUCUUUGGAGAAGCUUCUAUAUCUCAAGUAUUUCAACGUUUCAUUCAACAAGUUGGUUGGUGAAAUCCCCUUGAGUGGUCCUUUCAAGAACCUCUCUGGUGAGUCUUUCAUGUCUAAUGAAGCAUUGUGUGGAUCUCCAAGAUUUUGUGUUCCCCCAUGCCACAGUAGCACAUCAAAGCAUAAAUCCAAGAGGAAAAAAGUGAUUGUUCUUGUUCUACCGGGUGCACUUGUAUUAGUCUCCAUCGCCUUUGCCCUUUUAUGGAUAAGGUAUACAAGAGAUAAAAGAACUGAUCCUCAGCAAGCAGUUGAUUCAUCCUUUGUCGUCUCAACAAAAGGAAGAAUUUCAUCCUAUGAACUACUUCGAGCAACUGAUUCACUCAGUGAGAUCAAUUUAAUUGGUUCUGGGAGUUUCGGCUCUGUUUACAAAGGCAUCCUCAGAGAUGGGACUUUCAUUGCAGCUAAAGUGUUCAACCCACAAUUGCAAGUGGCAUUUAGGAGUUUUGAUACAGAAUGUCAAGUUUUGCGCAACCUUCGUCAUAGGAAUCUCACCAAAGUCAUCACUAGUUGUUCCAACCUUGAAUUUAAGGCUUUAAUACUCGAGUACAUGCCCAAUGGGAGCCUCGAUAAGUGGUUGUAUUCACACAACUACUUCUUAGACAUCAAUCAUAGGCUAAGUAUAAUGAUAGAUGUGGCAUGUGCAUUGGAAUAUCUCCACCAUGGCUGCUCAUUACCCGUGGUUCAUUGUGAUUUGAAGCCUAGUAACGUCUUGUUGGAUGAGGACAUGGUUGCCCACCUAAGUGACUUUGGAAUUUCAAAGCUGAUUUCUAAAGAUGAGAGUUCUUUAUACACUAAAACAUUAGCAACGUUUGGUUAUAUUGCACCAGAGUAUGGACUGGAGGGAUUGGUGUCAAUAAAAUGUGAUGUUUAUAGUUACGGGAUCAUGUUGAUGGAAACAUUUACUAGGAAAAAUCCUAAUGAUGAAAUGUUCGAUGGAGAUUUUAGUUUGAAGCAAUGGGUGAGAAAUUCACUCCCACAAGCAGCAAUGGAAAUUGUCGAUGCCAACUUAAUAUCGCCACAUGAUAAUCACUUAAUGAAAAAGCUAGAUUGUGUGGUAUCCAUCAUGAAAGUGGCAAUAGAUUGUUGUGUUGAAUCUCCUAAAGGAAGGAUUGACAUGAAAGACGUUGUGGGGAGGUUAAAGACAAUCAAGAUUCAACUUCUUGCAUGUUGA